UUUUGCUGUCAACGCAAGUUGGAGUGGACGUGUUACCUGUCCGCGCAUCUGCGUAAAUAACUUCGAUACAAAAACAUUAUUCGGUAGCUAAUUCGUUAAUAAAAUUAUUUUGUAUUAAUGAAAGUUAAUUUAGUUAUCUGUCGCCAUUCAUUGUAAUAUAACUUUCUAAGUCAGAAAUGCAUACAGCGCCGUGUCCUACAUUAAAAACAUAGGUUACCGAAAGAAAGUUUUUAAGUUUUAUUUUUUGUGUGUAAUGUGAAAAUGCUAAAGAUGGGUGUUUUGAAGGUGGAAUUAGUGUUGUUACUGAACUUGUUGUUGGUAAGCGGAGACGUGUAUAAUAACGAAGUGAGUGAACAUUCUUUGGAGUUGACCCAGUCCUUGAACUUGGCGCGACAAGAGCUGAUUCAAGAGACGUGUAGACAUUUCCCCCCGAAGUACGGUUUAGAUGAGCUUCCACCGAGCCAACUGGAGCAUAUCUUAAUAAAUGAAGAACACAAACUUCUGUACUGCUAUGUGCCAAAGGUGGCCUGUACAAAUUGGAAGAGAAUCUUUAUGAUGUUGUCUGGCAAAUGGAAUGGAACAGAUGUGUUAUCCAUUACAGCCAGUAUUGCCCACACCCCUGGAAUGUUCCGGGAUUUAAGUAAUGUGAGCAAAGCAGAAAGAGACUACAUGUUGGAGAAUUACAACAAGAUGAUUAUAGUCCGGAAUCCAUUUGAAAGGCUUCUGUCUGCCUUUAGAAAUAAAUUGGAGGGUGAUACACUAAGUGCCAGAUAUUUUCAGGGGAAAAUCAUAUCCAAUGACUUCUCCCGCCCAGGGUAAGGCGAGAGAGAGUGUCAGACUCUUACUGACUAAAAACCCCCCCGUUCCUUCUCCUGCUCUGGGCCGAGGUCGCGGUGCCUCAUUGCGCUUACCCCGCAGCCCCGGCUAAACAUCAGCCCUUUAGGGCCCCGACUGUGGUGGUCUAUUGGCUCUUUGAGGCGCGCGCGGAACGCUACGCGCCGUACGCUCGGGUCCGGUUCUGGUCGGGCGGCGAGCUACCCUUACUCGCCGUCCGCAGACCCGCGCUUACGGUGGCCGGAG